CGCUAUCAGCACUAACAAGGUGCUAUCUCCUGAGACUUCAGUUUCAGACACAUACACAGAACUCAAAAUGAGGCAAUCAAAAUCUUCCCUCUGUGUACCCAAACAUAGACACUAGCGAGCUUGUAAGAGAAGAGGGAUCCUAAAACAGUUAAAAUCAUAUGGAUGUAGUGCCUGUGUACCUCGAGAAGUGGACACACCCACCCUUCGGCGCCGAUCUCGAUGACGAAGGUCGUAUUUACGCUCGUGGCGCUCAGGACACAAAGUACAUUGGGACUCAGUACUUGGGUGCCAUUCGCGCACUUAAGGCUAGCGGCUACAAGCCAAAGCGAAAUAUCUAUGUGACCUUUGUGCCCGAUGAGGAGGUUGGCGGACAUCUGGGCAUGCGCGAGUUUGUGAACGGAGAUUACUUCAAAAACUUAAAUGUGGGCUUCAGCUUAGAUGAGGGCUCUGCCAACAUAGACGACUCCUAUCACAUAUACUAUGCGGAGCGGACCCCCUGGCGUAAGUAAAGCUAAUCUGGUGAUCAACAGG